UAUUAAUGUUCUAUGGGUCACUGAACUGUCUGACUGAAGGAGAAGAGGAAGCUGCUCAGCUGAUGUCUCUGGGAAACUGUCUGUGCUGUGACUUGUAGUCCCACAGAAGCCCCAGACAUACAGGUUCAGACACACGAGCUGGUGGGACAUCACUGCGACCAGUGAUUGGCUGAGCAGCAUUGCGACGUAGCGCAGCUCCAUGAAGUGCAAUUGCGGUAGAAGCAGGAUGCCAAAACCAAAGGCUGCGAGGCAGUUCAAGGACUACCACCAGGGGGUGCUCACUGACAAAGAACAAGGCACAGCAGAUUCACAACUCUGGUUUCAAUAGACAUCAUCUGUGCAAUAAGGCACAUGAUGACUUUAAUAAACUUUUUCUUUGUGUACCUUGACUUGUGAGCCCUUUCUUUCCUAAAAACCAUGUCCUUCAUAUCCACAUGUAUAUGUUAGCCUUGCCUCUUUUAGCAUUGUCUAGACAUUAGCCUAAAGAGCUUGCAAUCAAUUAUGAACGAUGCUUGUUUGCCUCCCUGAUUAUGGGGACAUAUCAGUAUAAAGAACAGUUAGGAGGAAGAUGUAUGGGAGGGUGGAGUUGUCUUUGUUGGGGUGGGAGUUAUUUGGGAGGUAUGAAGGAUUUUUGGGAGGUGCCACAGAGAGCUUACUAUUAAUAUUGAGUCUGUAUAGCUGAUCUCUUUAAUUGUCAUCCUUUUCUUUGUGGUCUGGGAAUUCUGCUACUGAGUCACUAUGUCCACGUCACAAAGGCUGGUUCUGGUUCUUGGAGGAGCUGGUACGGUUGGGUCAGGAAUUGUAAAAUGCCUUUUGGAGAAAGGGUUCCAGGUGGCUGUAAUUUCCAGAGAGAAUUCUCGCUUGGAGAAGCUGAUGAAUUUUGUGCCAGCGCAAUACAAAGAGAGACUUCACACCAUGGUUGGAGAUGUGGGCUCUGAGCAGGGAGCACAGGAGGCGGCAGCUGCUUUGGUCAGCAAAGUGGGAAAAGUGACUGAUGUGGUGUCUUCGCUGGGGUUCAGCUGGUGGCAGGGUGGUCCACCCCAUACACAGUCAUUGCAGGAACUGCAGAAGGUGCUGGAUACUUUACUUCUUAGCACAUUUACAUCCUGGAAGGCCUUUUUUCCAUUGGUAAAAGAUAAUCCAAAUGGAACAUACACAUUUAUUACUGGGGGAGCUGGUGAACGUUUGCUCAUGCCUGGCACUGGAUUCCUAACCUUGGGUGCAGCAGGAGCACUGGCAUUUUCUCAAGUGGUUCGUGAGGAGUAUCCUGAUGUUCCAUGUAAACUGAAUGAGGUAAAAAUCAAUAUGGGUGUUGCUCCUCCAGAACGCCUUGGACCAGGGUACGUGAGUCAUUUGGAGGUAGGAGAAGCAGUUGCAUCACUGGUGGAAAAAAGGAGGGUGUCUCAUACAGUACUGUGUGCCAACUCCACCACUGACCUCAAGACGCUCAUCUUAGAAGGGAAGCUGUGAGCUUUGAGAGCAAGUCCUGGUGUAUGAAAUCUGUCUCACAUCCCUUGUGUGUACUUUAAGAAACCUGUCCACUAUGUCCAUGUGUACAAUGCCAUCAUUCCUCUUCCUGUCGAGUAACCUCUCGGAGAAUGUCAACACCAUUACUGAUAAAUCUCCUUAGAACAUAGUCCUCACCAAGCUCUAUGACCUCUAAUCCUUUGGGAACAAAGAGGGCUAUCUCUUUAAGGGCCCAAUGGUUUGUUUUAAAUUUUUUGUUUGCUUUUUUUCCCCCAAUACCUUGCAUGAGACCAGAUUUCUCCUGAAUAAUUCAUUGAAGAAGCUAUGACUGUAGGAAAGUAACAAUCCUAAUCUGUUCUACUGGACUUUAGUUUCGGCCCCCCGUUUUGGACUAUGCAUUUUACAGCCUGUAAUUUCAGUCUGUGUCCUUAACACCUGAUUGUUCUAUUUUCCUUUUCUUUGGGAGUUUAAUAAUGAAGAGAUGAUUUUAUAAAUUCAUCCCCUGACCAUCUGUUGUAAUCUCUGAUGGCUCCAACAUGCUACACCCCUCCCUUUUUAUCUCCUCACCAAUCCAGUCUAAAGCGCACUGUUCUAUGUGAAUUAAAUAAAACUUGAUAAAAUAAUAUUCUUGCAUAUUGUGU